ACCUACAGUAUGAAAAAUAGAGAACUGUGGGAGAGGGCUCGUCUUUUUUGACCUGGUUCUUAGGGCACUGUGUAUAUAGUUCUGUGCUUAAUGAGCGAAGGGCAAUUUUGUGAUCAGCCUUGUGGAUACUGAAGCUGUAGGAGGUUCGUGGCACUUUCUGUGUUUUGCUAUAGAAGCAAUGUUAGGCUGAAAACUGAAUUUGUCUCCACCAGCAGGCGUUGAGUGUCCAGUGAGGGAGAGUUUGAAAAUUUAAAAAGAAUUUCAAAAGCGUAUUUGAGGGUAUGUGGGAAAUGUUAAAAAGCACCAAACCCCUUUAGUAAAAUAGAGUGCUGUGGUAACUAACAACGGGGCUACCAAAUUGGAUGGACAUCGAUGGGCUCUGAAGAAUUUGGUUCAGCCGAGUUGUGCCUCAUUAAGCUCAAAGCCACAAAGCCAAAUCCUGGGAGAGGUGGAGGCACUGGACACCGGUGGGGGUAGGAUCCGAGGUGUGGGUGGGGGAAGUUGGGGUCGGUGCGCCUGCGCGCUGGGGCUCUGUGCGUCUGCGCACGGGGCUCCAGCCCUGUUCUUCGACGCUUCCGUACUUCAGGGCGGUGACGCCGCUCAGAAAUCCCAACCUUCUGUCUGGAAAGAUUCGUGAGGAUGCUGAGGCCUGAGGUCUCGUCAACCUCGUCUUCUGCCCCUGCGGCUUCCCCCGCAUUGGGAAAGGCUAGAAUUCAGGGUCGUCGCUAUAAUUUCGGACUCCAGGAGACUCCUCAGAGCCGUCCUUCAGCACAGGCCUCCGCGUCCACACCUCCGGGCACGUCUGGAGCCGCCGGCGACCAGAGCAGCAGCAGCAGCAGCAGUGUCCAUGGCCACCCGCCCCGCACCCGACCCGCCCAAGGUUCAUAUUUUGGAAACAAAAGAUCUAAUGCAGAAAACAUAUUUGCAUCAAAUUUUACUUUUGGUACAAGCUCAUCUUCUGCACGAGAUAGUAAUUAUCCUCAAAUACUAAAAACUCCAUUGUCUGCUGGAAAUCCCCAGAGAUCAGGUUAUAAAAGUUGGACACCACAAAUGGGAUAUUCAGCUACAUCCUCAUCUGCAGUAUCAAUACACUCCCCAUCAGUUAUUGUAGCUGUUGUAGAAGGGAGAGGACUUGCCAGAGGUGAAAUAGGAAUGGCAAGUAUUGAUUUAAAAAGCCCACAAAUUAUAUUGUCUCAGUUUGCAGACAACACAACAUAUGCGAAGGUGAUCACUAAACUCAAAAUUCUAUCGCCUUUGGAAAUAAUAAUGUCAAAUACUGCUUGUGUUGUGGGGAAUUCAACUAAGUUGUUCACUCUGAUCACAGAAAAUUUCAAGAACGUUAAUUUUACUACUAUCCAAAGGAAAUACUUCAGUGAAACAAAAGGACUAGAGUACAUUGAACAGCUAUGCAUAGCAGAAUUUAGUACUGUCCUAAUGGAGGUUCAGUCCAAGUACUACUGUCUUGCAGCUGUUGCAGCUUUAUUAAAAUAUGUUGAAUUUAUUCAAAAUUCAGUUUAUGCACCAAAAUCGCUGAAGAUUUGUUUCCAGGGUAGUGAACAGACAGCCAUGAUAGAUUCAUCAUCAGCCCAAAACCUUGAAUUACUAAUUAAUAAUCAAGACUGUAGGAAUAAUCACACACUGUUUGGUGUUCUAAAUUACACUAAGACUCCUGGAGGAAGUAGAAGACUUCGUUCUAAUAUAUUAGAACCUUUAGUUGAUAUUGAAACCAUUAACAUGAGAUUAGAUUGUGUUCAAGAGCUACUUCAAGAUGAAGAACUCUUCUUUGGACUUCAGUCAGUUAUAUCAAGAUUUCUUGAUACAGAGCAGCUUCUUUCUGUUUUAGUCCAGAUUCCAAAGCAAGACACGGUUAAUGCAGCUGAAUCAAAGAUAACAAAUUUAAUAUACCUAAAACAUACCUUGGAACUUGUGGAUCCUUUAAAGAUUGCUCUGAAGAACUGUAACACACCUUUAUUAAGAGCUUACUGUGGUUCCUUAGAAGAUAAGAGGUUUGGAAUCAUACUUGAAAAGAUUAAAACCAUAAUUAAUGAUGAUGCAAGAUACAUGAAAGGAUGCCUGAACAUGAGGACUCAGAAGUGCUAUGCAGUGAGAUCCAACAUAAAUGAAUUUCUUGACAUUGCUAGAAGAACAUAUACAGAGAUUGUAGAUGACAUAGCAGGAAUGAUUUCACAGCUCGCAGAAAAAUACAGUCUUCCUUUAAGGACAAGUUUUAGCUCUGCUCGAGGAUUUUUCAUCCAGAUGACUGCAGAUUGUGCAGCCCUUCCCAAUAAUCAACUUCCUUCAGAGUUUAUUAAGAUAUCUAAAGUGAAAAAUUCUUAUACCUUUACAUCAACAGAUUUAAUUAAAAUGAAUGAAAGAUGUCAGGAGUCUUUGAGAGAGAUCUAUCACAUGACUUAUAUGAUAGUGUGCAAAUUGCUUAGUGAGAUUUAUGAACAUAUUCAUUGCUUAUAUAAACUAUCUGACACUGUGUCAAUGCUGGAUAUGCUACUGUCAUUUGCUCAUGCCUGCACUCUUUCUGACUAUGUUCGGCCAGAAUUUACCGAUACUUUAGCAAUCAAACAGGGCUGGCAUCCCAUUCUUGAAAAAAUAUCUGUGGAAAAACCUAUUGCCAACAAUACCUUUAUUACAGAAGGAAGUAAUUUUUUGAUCAUAACUGGACCUAAUAUGAGUGGGAAAUCCACAUAUUUAAAACAGAUUGCUCUUUGUCAGAUUAUGGCCCAGAUUGGAUCAUAUGUUCCAGCAGAAUAUUCUUCCUUUAGAAUUGCUGAACAGAUUUUUACAAGAAUCAGUACUGAUGACGAUAUUGAAACAAAUUCAUCAACAUUCAUGAAGGAAAUGAAAGAGAUAGCAUACAUUCUACAUAAUGCUAAUAACAAAUCACUCAUAUUAAUUGAUGAGCUUGGCAGAGGUACUAAUACAGAAGAAGGUAUUGGCAUUUGUUAUGCUGUUUGUGAAUAUCUGCUGGGUUUAAAGGCAUUUACACUGUUUGCUACACAUUUCCUGGAACUAUGUCAUAUAGAGGUCCUGUAUCCUAAUGUGGAAAACAUGCAUUUUGAAGUUCAGCAUGUAAAGAACACCUCAAGAAAUAAAGAAGCAAUCUUGUAUACCUACAAACUGUCUAGGGGACUCACAGAAGAAAAAAAUUAUGGAUUAAAAGCUGCAGAGGUGUCAUCACUCCCACCAUCAAUUGUCUUGGAUGCCAAAGAAAUCACAACUCAAAUUACUGGACAAAUUUUGCAAAACCAAAGAAGUACCCCUGAGAUGGAAAGACAGAGAGCUGUGUACCAUCUAGCCACUAGACUUGUUCAAACUGCUCGAAACUCUCAAUUGGAUCCAGACAGUUUGCGAACAUAUUUAAGUAAUCUCAAAAAGAAGUAUGAAACAGAUUUUCUCAGGGCUGAACAAUUUUCAGGAAAGACUGAAGAAUAAUAACAAUUCACAUCAUGUACUAAUGAAAUAAUAUAUCUUAAUAUGAGGAAACUAGGAUUCAUUUUUCUCAAGAGCAAGAGAAAAUAUUUGCUAAAUUUUAUAUUUUAAUGGAAAAUUACAUUAUAUUAACCUUAGAAUUAUCAUCUAUGUAUUCUGUGUAAGAAAAUAUUUGUUAUAACUUAACAUAUUGGAACCAUUUAAAGGACUGAUUUUUAUGUUAGAAGAACGUCAAUGUGACAUUUUUUUCUCAUUUGUGAAAAUUCAUGUUGUUAUGUCUUAACUGUAUUUAUACUUACAAGUUAUGCUUUAAAUGCUAUUAUAAAUACCUUAGUUUAAAAAAAACACUUUUUUCAGUCUGGAAACUUAUGUGAGUUCUUUUAUGCUCUCUUCUGAAGCAGUAAGACCCUAUGGCUCAAUAAUUUCUUAAUUAGUACCCCCCAAAUUCCAACACUGGAUGCUUCUGAAGUUUGUUAGGAUAAUAUUGGGAAUUUUAAAGUAUUCUUUUUGACCGUUCUGAAUAGGUCUAAAGGGUGAAAAGAAACAAACAGAUAUUUUGUAAUGCAGAGAAUGGUUUUGGAAGGAGUCACCAUCACCCACCCUUUCAGUUUUCCAAAUACCAGGCAUUUGAUUUUGUUUUCCAAGUUUUCAUUUUUGGCCAUCUUUUUUAGGUGAGUAACCAAAGCAGCAUAAAGGUAAUAUUGGUUCAUUUGCCUCAGGGAGCAUUUUAUAGAAUAUAAAAUUUAUAGAAUAUAAUUUUAUAGAAUAAAAUUUUAUAGAAUGUAAAAAUUUAUAGCAUUUUUCCAGAGCAUGUGGCUUACACCACUACUUCAGAGUUUACCAGAUCAUUCUUGUUUCCUAAAUGGACAAAAGUAGACAGAAGACCAGCUGUUGUUCAGUAACUGUAAAGAGUAGGGCUGUUGUCUUUUCAAAUACCUUAUUUCUACAAUUCCAUCUCACUAGAUGACUGACUUACAUAAUCCCAUCCCAAAAGCCCAAGAUAGGGAGAUUAUUCUUUUCUUAGACAAUGAAGUAUCUGGAAUUCAGGGCAUACAUUCAAUAAACUGCAGAAUUCAUAGUGAUUUAGCCCAAAAAAUAUAUUUACAGACUGGUUAGGGCCCUAUUUUUUGUCAAUGUGUGCAUAUUUUAUACAAUUUAAUAUUUUUGACUUUAUUAAAUUUUAAGCAUUCUAAGUACAUACUAGCAGCGAGAUAUUGAAAAAGUUAUAAUUUGGUUGGCAUACAUGCUUGUUUGAAAUGUAAUUGUAAAUUAGUGUUAGUAUUUAAAUUUGAUACAUGUUAAACAUCCCAUUAGACUACUUAUAUUACCUAUUGUCAUGUUUUAGAGAGUACCACAAUAUUUUAAUUUGACCAUUAACCAUUGUUUUAAUUCAGUCUUUGAAAUGAAUUCUAUUUUAUGCAGUCAUUCCUAAAAGCAGUUAGAUAAUUUAGGCUUGCAGCAAAUUACUAAAAGGUACUGAGGAUGACAAGGGCGUGGCACAUGGUCUGAGAAGAAAAGGGAAGUAAUAAUAAAAGGCAGAAAGGGAGCAGGCAGUAGGAUAAAAAACAGGCAAGCAGAGACAAGUACAGAGUAUAAAAUAUGCAGAAUAUCAUUUCCUUAAAUGUAUUAAUUUCCCUUUAGAUUUAACCCCAAUAUUAGAUUCCACCAGACUUUUACGAAAUUUUUCAUGAUUUAGAUCUUUUGCUAAAGAAACUGUAGCCAACUGAUUAAUCCCUUUUAUUUUAUUUUAGGUUUAGAACACUGAAAUAAAAAUAGGUUUAUAUCUUCUUAAAAUUAAAUUACUUUUUCUUCAGUCGUUUUGUGUGUAGCUGAGACAUACAAAACAAAUUAAAUGAAGAUAUAAUUAUUAUAUUAUGGUACUAUAGAAUAGAAGUGAGUACUAGGGAGACCAUCCAUUCUUUAAUUUUAAGGUCUAUUUGCUUUUUUCUUCAGUAACUUUUCACUUUGCCUUUCUCUAAAAUUAUAGAUCAUUAUCUCAUAAUCAAGCUUUUUAAGAUAAAUGUUCAUAACGUUGUAGCAAACUCCUUUAAUUUCCGCCUCAAAGCCAUUCUUUUAGUCUGUCCUACCUUUCUCCUCACAUAAAGCAGUCUCUUUCAAGUCUAGGGUUAAAGGAUGUAGAGUAGAAGAAAAUGGCAGCUUAUCCUCGUGCCUGGGAGUCAUGCAUUUAUUUUUAAAUUUACAUACAGUAAAGUUAACUCUUUUUUGCAUAAAGUUAUAUGAAUUUUAGCAUAUUUAUGGCUUCAUGAAAUCACUACCAUGAUCAGUUUCUUCAUCAAAUACUGAACAAUUCCUUCACCUUCACAUCAUUCCCUUAGUAUUGUCCUUUUGUUGUCAAAUCCUUCCCUGACCCCUGACUUUAACCCAGCAAUCACUGGAAAUUAAGCAUUCCAUCCCAGUAGUUUUGUUUUUUCCUUAAUGUCCAACAAAUGGAAUCCUAUAGGAUGGAACUUUUUGAGACUGGCUACUUUUGCCCAGCAUAAUGCAUUUUAGAAUUUGUCCAUGUUGUUGUGCUCUUUUAUUGCUGACUACUAUUUCAUUAUUUAUAUGUGCCAUAGUUUUACCUGUACACUCAUUGAAGGACAGUUGGGUUCCCAGUUUUUGGCAAUUAUGAAUUAAACUGUUAAAAAACAUUCAUGUAUAGAUUCUUGUGUUAGUGUUGUUUUAAUUUACAUAGGUUAAAUAGGAGUAGAAUAUGUGUUUAACUUCAUAAGAGUUCCCCAAACUGAUUUCUAAAGUGGCUGUUCCAUUUUGCAUUCCCAUCAGCUAAGGAUGAGAAUGUCCCACAUGUUCUGUAGCACUUGGUUUUAUCAGUUUUUUUUUUAAUUUUAGUCAUUCCAAUAGGUAUGUAAUUAGAUACCUGAGUAUCUAGGUGAGUAAUAUAGGUGAGUAAUUAGAUUUUAAAGCUAUUCUGAUAAUUCUUUAGCAAGCAAAAACUAGUCUGACCUUUUUAACCAAAUUAAAUCACUAUUUUAUAUGCUAGUGUUAAAAAAAUAUUCAAAUGUUAAUAGUGUAUAUGUAGUAUGAACUUCCUUUGUGCAUAUUUAUGAGCUUAAAAUAUGCUCAAUUAUAAUUAAAUGUACUUUAGUUAAGUGUAUAAAUUCAAUCCUGUAAUGCAUUUGUACCUCAUAGGAAUGAAAAUGGAAGGAAAGGGAAAACAAAUGAUCUGGUUAUAUUGCUACUUUGCUAUUUCCAUUCUAUUCUUUAGAAGUUUAAAUCACACAGUUGGUUAGCUAUAGGAUCAGAAUGAAUACUCUUUUCCUAUAAAUUGUCAAAAUUUUGAUAGUCCCCAGAUUGCAAGUAGACAGUGAAAACAGCUACUAAGUGCCAUAAUCUACUAGAAUGGAUCCUAAAAUACACAGUGAUGAGGUGGGAAACAGAUUUUAAUUGUCAAGAACUAUUAAGAUAUAACUGUGUAUGGUAAUGGAUGGUAACUAGACUAACAGAAUAACUCUGUCAUAUACCAGAAACUAAUAUAAUGUUAUAUGUCAAUUACACCUUGAUUACAAAGAAAAGAACUGUGAAGGGUCUGAGAUUUUUACCUUACUUACAAAGUAGCAGUUUAGCUUCUGACAAUUUUGUGUUUGCUGUCAGAAGACAAAAGAUUUUUGGCUCAGAAACAAAAGACUUUAUUCUAAUGGCACAUGAUGCAGCAUGAGCUUCAUGUUUGUGUUGGUUCCAGGUAUCCCCAUCUUCUAAGACAUGAAGUGGUCUGGUUAGAUAUGUACACAGGGGAUUUAUACUAUGGCUGAGAAACUCCAAGCUAGGGAAACUCUUUUAUAAUGAGCUUCUAGCAAACCUGCUCAACCUUUUUUUUCCAGAGGAAGACAUUACCUUUGUUAUACUAGACACUGAGCAAACCUGCCUCUGUUCAGAGAGAGACGCUGUCUCUAUCUUCCAAGGGUGUUUAUUACACACACAUCCAUAAAAAGGUAGUCAAGUAUAAGGCAGGUAAUACCUCUGCUCAUAAGACAGGCAGAAACAUGAGAGACCCAUGGAGAAUUGUCUCCCAGUUUUCUUCUGUGUGUUGCAGCAGUUUGACCACAUAGUUAUACAGAGAAAAGUCUAGUAUCCUCCACACUCAAAAAUAGAUAAGCUAAAAAAUAUUGCAGAAUACAUUUAUUUUUUAAAGUUAAAUUUCUUUGUAACCAAAGAACAUACAGAUUUAAUUAAUAUUUUCGUUCUGACAUCAUAUUGGAUAAAAAUUAUUCUUUGCUUUCUUUAUACCAAAUUCCAUAUAGUUUGGGGGUGGGUGAAAUGGGUAAAUGUAGUAAAAAGGUACAAAUUUCCAAGUAUAAAAUAAAUAAGUCCUGGGGAUGUAAUAUAUAGAAUGGUGACUAUGGUUAAUAAUUAUUGCAUAUUUGAAAGUGGCUGAGAGUAGAUCUUAAGUGUUCUCAUCACAAGAAAAAAAAUUGUAACUAUGUAUCAUGAUGAAUGUUAACUAGACUUAUUAUGGUGACCAUUUUGCGAUAUAUCCAUAUAUUGAAUCAUGUUAUAUACCUGAAAGUAAUCUAAUGUUAUAUGUCAAUUAUAUCUCAAUUAAUAAUAUACUACUGGUAUAGUAUUUAGAAGUAUCACAUACCAAACACCAAAGCUCAAUAUUGUUAUUUGAGUCUAGUUAUUUCUAAAUAUUACACAUUUCUAUCAUCUUGUUCCUGACCCCCACCCUUUAUUGGCUAAUUCUUCACCUCGUAUUUUUUGUGACAAAAAAGGAAUCAUAGCUUAAUUUCCUUGACUAUUCCCUACUACCAAGCACAAUAUUUUAUUUGCAAAGGAAUUUAAUAAAUACUUGUUGAUAGGAAUGCACAAUAUAAAAUAUUACCUAGCUUAGAAGAUACUAAGCACAGAAGCUUCAGAA